AUGGCGGAAGAACAGAUCUACACUAUCAACGAUAAAGAACCAGAAGACGAAGUUACCGUUAUAGAAUUCAAAAUAUACAUGCACUGUAAUGCUUGUGAAAGAACCGUCGCUAAAGCCAUAUCCAAAAUCAAAGGGGUGGAGAAAUUUGUGACGGAUAUGGAGAAUGAUAGAGUGAUUAUAAUGGGGAAGAUCGAUCCGGUUAAAGUAGAGAAGAAAUUGAGGAAGAAAAUCGGGAAGAGGGUAGAGAUUAUUAUGGAGAUUAAUGAAGAUGAUGAUUUGGACCAGAAUAAUGACACCGAUCAAUCUCCGGCGACUUCACAUGAUAUGUCCGGCGCCGGACUUAUUCCGUCGUUAUCUUUAAUUACUAUGUUCAGCGAUGAGAAUCCUAAUGCUUGUUCCAUAUUGUAG